CACGUCCAGCUGGAUAGCAGAGCUAUAUUGACCACCACAGAUGGAAAUCAGAACAUCACAGAAGUAGAUGCACUCGAUACAAGACAAAUACUUGAUCCUACAGUGCAAUACAAAAUGAACCAUCAGAGAAGAGGAGUUGCGUUGAUCUUCAAUCACGAGCACUUUUUUUGGCAUUUGAAGCUGCCAGACAGACGUGGGACUCUUGCAGACAGAAACAAUCUGAAACGCAGUUUGACAGAUCUUGGAUUUGAAGUCAGACUUUUUGAUGAUCUGAAAGCAAAAGAUGUGCUGCAGAAAAUUUAUGAAGCCUCUGAGGAUGACCACAGCAAUGCUGACUGCUUUGUGUGUGUGUUCCUGAGUCAUGGUGAGAAUGAUCACGUUUAUGCAUAUGAUGCCCAAAUCAAAAUUGAGACAGUCACAGACAUGUUCAGAGGAGACAAGUGCAAGAGUCUGGUAGGAAAACCGAAGAUAUUUAUCAUUCAGGCAUGUCGAGGUGAUAAACAUGACGAUCCAGUUAUUGCUCCGGAUUCAACAGACGGUAGCGAUGAAUCCACUGUCAAUGAGACUGAGGUGGAUGCAGCUGGUGUCUAUACCCUGCCUGCUGGUGCAGACUUCAUCAUGUGCUACUCUGUGGCGCAAGGUUACUUUUCUCAUCGUGAAACCAUAAAUGGCUCCUGGUACAUUCAAGAUUUGUGUGAGGUACUUGGCAAGUACGGCUCUUCCUUGGAGUUCACAGAACUUCUUACUGUCGUUAACAGGAAAGUAUCUCAUCGCAGAGUGGAUAUAUGUAGAGACAUUAAUGCUAUAGGAAAAAAACAGAUUCCCUGUUUUGCCUCAAUGUUAACUAAAAAAUUGUAUUUUCAUCCAAAAUCUAAGUAGAUUGUUAUUGAACAAUGACAACCAUUAACUAAUACUCACUGCAGAAGUGAAAAACACAC